GAGAACUUGAGGUUCAGAGAUUAAGUGACUUGCCCAAGAACACAGCUUGCAGCAUCAGCUCAUCAUGACUCUGUGUUUGCAUUUCCAAGUUUGGUGUCCUUUUUAGAGUCAAUUACCCUGUCUGACCUGAAUUCAGGUGGCAGAGCCUGAGGAGAUGAGUGGAUCAUGGAGGUCACUGGAAGGACUGAGCGCGUUCGGGAGCCUGGAGGAACUCAUCUUGGACAACAAUCUGCUCGGCGAUGACCUCGUGUUGCCAGGGUUACCCAGGCUCCACACCUUAACCCUCAACAAGAACCAAAUCACUGACUUGGAGUAUCUGCUUGAUCACCUGGCAGAAGUUACACCAGCUCUGGAGUACCUCAGCCUCCUGGGGAAUGUGGCAUGUCCCAAUGAGCUCGUCAGCCUGGAAAAGGAUGAGGAAGACUACAAGAGAUAUAGAUGCUUUGUUCUGCACAAGCUGCCCAAUUUGAAGUUUCUGGAUGCUCAGAAAGUAACCAAACAAGAACGAGAGGAAGCUUUGGUCAGAGGGGCAUUCAUGAAGGUGGUGAAGCCCAAGGUGUCCUGGGGAAGUGUCGCUAUAUUUACUACGGGAAAAACUCAGAGGGCAACAGGUUUAUCCGUGAUGACCAGCUCUGAAAGCAACAGAAACAUGAGGUCGGUCCAGCCUGGGGCGGUUUCUCUCCAAGAGAAGAUGGAGGAAGGACAAGGACAGCUAAGUGACUGGAAAUUUGACUUGCCUUCAUGUCAAGAGAUGCCUUCGCCUUUUGGAAACAACAAACCCUUUGUGGUAUCUCAGUGGGACCAUCAGUGGGGCAUGACCCUCUCCUGGACAAGGUUCUCAUGCUGCUUUGCAAAGCGAAUGUAUAACAGGAUUUGUACAGAUUGGAGUCACUGGGACAAUUUAUUGUUCUCAUACAUUCCUGGGCUGCAAAUGCUGAAGAUGACAGUUAAGGAAGAUGAAAAAUCCAUAAAAGAACUCCACAACUUCGCACAGUAUGCAUUCAAGCAAAACCUCCUGUGGCUGACAGGGGAAGCGCUGCAAGGAAUCCCAUUUCUCAUUUCCUCAAGGUCCAAUCCUCACAAGCCAGGACUAUUCAAGCACAUCCCAAACCCAUAGUCAUUUGUACUGUGACCCAGUUAAGUUGAGCUAUUGGUUUUCCUACAACUUUUCCUUCCGUAGAUCUUUGUGAAAGCUUGAACAUUAAGCUUUGUGAAAUGACUCUGAUUCUUCAUCAUCUCUCUAUCUUGCUCAAUGAAGGACAUGCAAUCCUGGAACUGAUUCUAGAAUUCAUUUCAAAAACAAGGGAAGAGAGAGUAAAUGACUGCAAGCAAUAUGUCCCUGAAGUUUCUUCAUUCCCAAGAGGAUAUUUUUACCAGAUGAAGGAAUCGUAGAUUACUGAAAUUGGAAAAAGCUAUGGAUAAGAUCCUUGAACAAGAAGUAAAGAUCGAGUCCCAUAGAGAUUACAUGACUUGCCCAAGGUCAUAGUUUGUUAGUUUCAGAGAAGAAAUAAUGCAUUUUUAUAAAAUAGGAUGUUUCUCACAUUUUAGUCUUUUAGCAAAUUUAACCUUUUCCAUACAGCUGUUGAGAUAACCUACUGGUUUUACAAGCUAAAUCAACACAAGGAACAUAGCUCAGAAAAUGCCCCCAGACUGCCUUCCUUUUCAUUAUUGAAAACCACGAGAUGAAAGUCUUUAAUAACUCACUGCACAAGAGGACCAUUACUGUCAGCAUAUACCACUCAGCCAUAUAUUAUAGCUUUUUACUUCUUCACACAAAAUUGCUUUGAAAUUUACAUUUGCUAUAAAGGAUUUAAGUCCAUCACUAUUAAUUUUCUUCUACAAAUUAUGUUUAAUUAUCACCUCUUUCUACCUAGAAAGAAGCCCCUCUUGUACUGCCAUCUCCAUAUAGCUCUCAAGAAAAGUGUCCUCAGCAUGAAUCUUUGAUGGUGAUUUUAUACUCCUUACUUGCCCUUCCUUGUCAAGCGCACACAGCCCACUUAGAGAUAUGGAAAUGAACUCUUUGCCUGGCUCUGCAUUUCCUGCAUACAUAUGAAAUCUGGUCUCCCUAAGCAGGAGGAAAAAGGAACAUUUUCCAGCUUUACCCUGUGGAAAAUUAGGCUAGAAACAUCCCAUUUUAAGAUUCAAAGCAGCUUUGAAAGUCCAUCCGUGAUUGAUUGCUUAACAGGUCAUAUACUACAUCUAAUAUUUCUGAUGCUUCAAGGAUCAUCUUUUUUCCUCAGUUUCGGAGCCCUAGAAGAAACUAGUUUAAGAGAAAUAGAAAUCCAAAAAUUAUAAUUUACUAUUUUUUUCCAUUUAAUUUCUGUGCUUCCUUACUGCACGGUACCAUAUAAAUAGCAUAGGCUUUGGAGUUAGAAAUACUAGCAGUCCAAUCAUAACUACCAAAACUUUACGUAACUUCAGGCAAAUCACUUAUCUCUGAGCCCCUGUUCUCUCAACCUUAAAGAUAAAGCUAUCUUAAGUUUAACUAAGAUUAGCAUGUAUUAUGCUUGGCACAUUCAAGGGAUUCAAAUGCUAAUUGUCCCCUUCCAGAUUCAGCGCAGCGGUAUUUUUGUCUAUAAUCAAUCUUCUGUCUGCAGCUGGUAGAAACUCAACUCAAACUAGCCAAAGCUAAAAUGGAAUUCACUGACUCACAUAACCAGGAAGUCCUGGCACGCUUCUGACUUUAGACAUAGCUGGAUUAAACUUUCCAAACAAUGUUGCUAUGGCUCUUAACUCUGUUGAUCUCUGCUGGUGUUGCUCUGAACAUAAGCACUAACCAACAUGACUGGCACAGUAUAAGUUACAGAUCUCUAGCCCCCUCUCUUACUAGACCCUCAUUGAAGAUAUUGCCUCCUACUAACUACAUCAGAGGGUAGACACACUAAAACCAUAAUCACAGAAAACUAGCCAAUCUGAUCACAGGACCACAGCCUUGUCUAACUCAAUGAAACUAAACCAUGCCGUGUGCGGCCACCCGAGACGGACAGGUCAUGCUGGAGAGGUCUGACAGAAUGUGGUCCACUGGAGAAGGGAAUGGCAAACCACUUCAGAAUUCUUGCCUUGAGAACCC